UCUUUUCACAUUUUCUUCACCUUUGUCCUCUUGACACGCUCAGUUUCUAUUUUUUUUUCUUGCUGAUUUUUAUUUUUGUUUGCGUGUGGGGGAGUCAGCUUUCGCAUUCAUUGCCUUCAAUCCGUCGGGGUUUGAAGUUUUCCGUUAAUGGCUUCUCACUGAUGACCCCCAACCACUCCAACAGGUUGCCUCUGCACACUCCUGCUGCUGCUCUCUUCCUUCCCUUCCUUCCAUGAAAACGGCUACUCUUCUCCCCUGAGUAGCUAUCUUGCAAGUUUUUAGUUUUCCCCGACUGGGUUUUCAUUUACUGCAAAACCCACAUUUGCUUUUGGGGUUUGGGGUUUAAAGUGAGGGUUUUUCUUUGUGUUUUUACAGAUUUUAUUGAAAAUUUGGGCUGUUUAUGCUUCCAGUGAAAUGGGUUCUCUUUCCUUUUAGGAAGUCUUGUUUGGUUACUGAGAAAAUGAGCGUUCUUUUGUGAACUGGUAGCCACAUUUUCCGUCAAAAAAUGGGUGCGACGAACUCCAAAACCGAGAAGGACGAAGCUCUGCGUCUGUGCAGAGAGCGUAAGAGAUUGAUCAAGCAAGCAAUUGAUUCAAGGUAUGCUUUAGCAGCUUCUCAUGUAUCUUACACCAACUCUCUAAGAAACAUUGGCAUUGCCCUCCGCCGCUACGCCGAGGCUGAGGUGUUGCUAGAGUCGUCUCUGUCCACCUCCGACAAGACCCCAUCGCACUCCUCCUACCCCUCGCCGUCGCCGUCACCUUUGGCCGACGCUUCGGACUCGCCUCUGUGCAACGAGAGGCCCGCUUCGCCUCCUGUGGCAAGGUUGAGUUAUAUGAGGUCAGGAGGUGCUGCUGCUGUGACGGUAAGGUUCAAUCCGGUUAGCAGUAGUUACGUGGAUGAGGAUAUUCCACUGCCGCCGCCGCCUCCUCCUCUGCCGGAUGAAGAUUCUUCCUGGGAUUACUUUGAUCCUGUGGAUGAGAGUGAGAGCUUUAGGUUUGUGGGAAGUAGUGGAGUGGAUGUGAAUUUUGAUGAUGUCAAAGGGUGGAGACAGGGGAGGAGUGAAGAAGCUAGUCAUAGUGUGGAGGAGAUGGGAAGAUGGGCAAAGGUUGGAUUAGAUGGAAAUAAGGAACAUUUUGAAGUUUCUGGUAAUUCAAUGAACCAAAACGAUAGUAGUGUAGAUGGUAAUGCGAAUUCGCUAGACUCAGGAGUUGAUGGGUCUCUGCAAACAGGCAAUGGUGAAGGGAGACAGUUAGUUGUGGGAUGCAGUGCCAAUGGUGGAGCUACAAGUUUGACAGGCAAAGUCGGUGUUGAGCAGUCUGGUUCAAAGAGGGAGAAGAAUGUGGGGGAGAAGGAUUUAUGUGCAGAAAGAGAGGACCCUUCAGAGUUUAUUACUCACAGAGCUAAAGAUUUUCUUUCAAGCAUAAAGGAUAUCGAGCACCGUUUCUUUAGGGCUGCAGAAUCGGGAAGAGGGGUCUCCAGGAUGCUUGAGUCAAACAAAAUAAGGGUUGGAUAUUCGGAGGCAAAAGGUACAUCAUCUGCUUUGGCUUUUCUCGUGCCUUUCCAGCUCGUUUUCUGCCCGGGAAAGACUGCACUUGUUUAUCAUGAUCCUACUCAACAUGGAACCAAAAUUAUUACUUGGAAGCGGUCAACAUCUUCGAGGUCAUCUUCGUCAAGGAAUCCUCUUCCCACAGUAACAAAAGAGGAUGCCGAUGACAGUGGCAGUGAUUUUAUUGAAGAGUUUUGCAUGAUUGCCGGAAGUCAUUCCUCCACUCUGGAGAGACUAUAUGCCUGGGAAAGAAAACUCUAUGAUGAAGUAAAGGCAAGUGAAUCUAUCAGGAAGGUGUAUGACCGGAAAUGUGAUCAACUUAGGAAUCAAUUUGCAAACGAUUGUAGCAGUCAAGUUAUUGAUAAAACCCGGGCGAUUGUGAAGGAUCUACAUUCACGAAUAAGAGUGGCAAUUCAUGCUGUUGAUUCAAUAUCAAAGCGGAUUGAGAAAAUGAGAGACGAAGAAUUGCAUCCACAACUUUUAGAACUUACUCAGGGAUUGACGAGAAUGUGGAAGGCCAUGCUUGAAUGCCAUCAUGCGCAAUAUAUAACCAUCUCACUCGCAUAUCAUUCAAAGAGCUCAACAGUGACUUCCCAAAGAGAUUCCCGCAGGCAGGUCAUGGCUCAACUUUUGGAUGAGAUUGAGUGUUUCGGCUUAAGCUUUGCAAAUUGGAUCAACAGCCAUUCAACAUACGUGGAAGCUCUCAAUGGUUGGCUGCAAAACUGCAUCAUGCAACCACGGGAGCGUACCAAAAGCAGAAGGCCAUUUUCCCCUCGGCGAGCUGUGGCCCCACCUAUAUUUGUUCUCUUUCGAGAUUGGGCAGCUGGGAUCAGAGCAUUGCCUUCCAAUGAACUUACAGAUGCAAUCAGGACCUUCUUAUCAGAUCUGCGUCAUUUGAUGGAACAAGAAGCUGUUGCACAGAAAAACCAGGGGACAGCUGAUGCAAACAACGGAGAAGCAGAGAACAAAGCAGAAGAGAACAGCGAAGAAUCGUCUCCAAACCUGAGCUGCGUACAUACAAGCUUGACAAAGGUUCUCAAUAGACUAACUAAAUUUUCGGAGGCAUCAUUAAAGAUGUAUGAAGAUAUCAGACAGAAAAGCGAAGCAGCUCGAAUUGCAUAUCUCAACUGCAGGCCUGUUAGAUACUGAGUUUAUGUAAUUAAACAUAUAUUCAUCUCCUGAAUUUGUGACUGGACUGGAUAUAGGUUUCUAAAGAGCAAGUUUUUGGUGUUUU